CCGUCAUAUUUAAAAUAAGAACCCGGCUACCAACAAUAACAUUCAUCUCUUUACAGUAUAAGUUUGUAUAACUUACGUUUUAUUAUUUAACAGUCAUACAUAAUCCUCAUUUGUGCUGGAUACAGACUAUUACGGACUGUAGAUAUAUCUAAUUGUGUCAAUCCUGUGAGUGUGUGUAACGGUCUGAUGAAAUAAAGUGCAGCAUAUAGUAAAUACGAUAAACAUGUUUAGAAGCUAUACAGUUAGCUAGUCUGAAUUAGACUGAUUAUCGUGCUAUAGGUCAGACACACCGGUGGUCUGUGUCCUAGGAUGGAUGGAAGUUUGAUCAAUUGAUUAUGUGUAAUCACUUCACAAACAAAUCUGCAAUCAAUAUUGUUUGGUCGAUAGAGUUUAUCGAACUAAUGUAAAAUGGCGUUGGCGACAAUUUCUUCCGUCACCUUGAAUCAGUUUGCUCUGGACUUUGAAGGCAAUUUGUUCCGCAUACUGCAAAGCAUUGAAAUUGCCAAGGGUCAGGGAUCCAGGUUCCGAUGUGGUCCAGAACUUGAAAUUUGUGGGUAUAGUUGCGAAGACCACUUUUAUGAGAGCGAUACCCGCACGCACAGCUGGGAGGUCUUGGCGACGUUACUCGUUCAUCCUACGUGUCAAGAUAUCUUAAUCGAUGUGGGAAUGCCGGUGAUGCAUCACGGUGUUAGUUACAAUUGCCGGAUCAUAUUCCUCAACGGGAAAAUCCUACUUAUCCGUCCAAAACUGAUUCUCUGUGAUGACGGCAACUACCGGGAGUCAAGGUGGUUUACAGGAUGGGCAAAGGGACGUCACUUGGAGGAUCACUUUCUUCCCGACAUUAUUACGCGUGUAACUUCCCAAAAGACCGUCCCUUUUGGUGAUGCCCUGCUCCAACUGGAGGACACUUGCAUCGGAUUUGAAAUUUGCGAGGAGCUCUGGAACCCGGAAAGUUCUCACAUAUCCCAAACGCUUGCUGGGGCUGAGAUAAUUGUGAAUGGGUCUGGGUCCCACACGGAAAUUCGAAAAGCAUUUUACGCAGUGGAGAUGAUUAAGUCGGCUUCCGCCAAGUGUGGCUGCCUCUACGUAUUCUCAAAUCUGAGAGGGUGUGACGGAGAAAGGGUUUACAUGAACGGCUGCUCCACUAUUGCCCUCAAUGGGGACGUGCUUUUGCUUGGAGAACAGUACUCUCUCCUAGACGUCGAAGUGUUGACAGCGGGAGUUUUUCUGGAUGAGAUUCGCAAUUAUAAGAACACUAUUCGGAGUCGCACCCUGUUGGCUUCACGAGUAGAAUCCUACCCAUUGGUUGUGGUAGAGUGGUCUCUCUCUUAUCCGACGGACAAAGCCGAUAUGCACACUCUCCCACUCGAACCCCCUCCGCAGUUCUGCCCUCCGGAAGAGGAAAUUGCACGAGGGCCUGCUCUCUGGUUGUGGGACUACGUACGCCGCUCACCAGCUUCUGGGUUUUUCCUCCCCCUCAGUGGGGGUGUCGACUCUUCCAGCGUCGCCAUCAUCGUCUAUUCAAUGUGCUGGAUGAUUGUGCAGCAUUUGGAGGCCCAUGCAGCUGAUGCAAAUGAUCAGGUCCUGAAGGAUGUACGGAAGGUAGUUAAGGAUGGGAGCUAUUUCCCAAAAGAUGCUCGUGAAUUGUGCGGUCAUCUCCUCACUACGUGUUACAUGGGAAGCGUGAACUCGUCGGAAGAGACGAAAUCUCGAGCAGACUCCCUCGCAAAUGCAAUUGGAAGCAAUCACAGCGAGAUCAACAUUUCCAAGGUGUGCGAAGCUUUUGUGACGGAAACAGCACGAUCGCUGAGCAAGGCCACACCAACCUUUGAUGGAACACGAGCCGAAAAUUUGGCUUUGCAAAAUGUGCAAGCAAGAAGCCGCAUGGUUUUUGCUUACCUCAUGGCACAACUUGGACCUUGGGGAAAGGGGAAAGAUGGGUUUUUACUUGUUCUUGGAACAGCGAAUGUGGACGAAGCGAUUCGAGGUUACUUUACAAAGUAUGAUUGUUCCGCAGCUGAUUUGAACCCUAUUGGGGGCAUUUCUAAAACUGACCUCAAGAGGUUCAUUGUUCACGCUGGAAUAAAGUUUGGGUUUCCUCAAGUAAAAGGAAUCGUGCUAGCCCCACCCACUGCCGAGCUGAAGCCACUCGAGUCUAACCAGACGGACGAGGAAGACAUGGGGAUGAGCUACGAGGAGUUGUCGACGUACGGGAAGUUGAGAAAACCGCAAGCCUGUGGUCCCUUCUCCAUGUUCAGCCGCCUCCUCGCCCUUUGGAGGGACAGACACGCUCCAGAUGAAAUUGCUCGCAAAGUCAAACACUUUUACACCUCCUAUGCUGCCAAUAGACACAAAAUGAGCGUCCUCACCCCUGCCUGCCACAUGGAGAGCUACGGCCCGGAAGAUCAUCGGUAUGACCUACGCCCGAUCUUGUACCCGGUGGACUUCACCUGGCAGUUUCGCAAAAUCGACGAGUACCUGAAGAAAUUAACGGCUGGUUUAUAAUAGAUCAAAACUAAAUGGGUUCAACUAGUAAACACUUCAAAUGGGCCAAGUUUGAUGUCCAUAUAAUAAAUUAGUAAAUAGCGUAACUUUAUUGAUAUCCUAAUAAAUUUGGAAAAGUACUCAAGUGUG